UUUCACAGUUGUCGAUGUCAGUCUGUUCUGUUUAUCUGCAUUGAUAUUGAACUUACUGCAUUGUUAGUUGAGGUUAAUUUUAAUUAUUAAAAAUUUUAACUAUGAUUUUUAGGUAUUUUGGUUUAAUGUUUUAUUUAUUUACAACUUGAUGUUAUUAUUUUGUUUAGCUACUUUAUAUUAUAAAGGCCCAGAAUGUCUUCUUUGGUUGCCGAUUAUGGCGGUUCGUCAGAUUCUAAUUCGUCCACUGAUGGUUUAAUCGACGUUAAAGAAAAGGAAAGAAUCCCCUUGGCAUCUGGGGGUGAGAAGCUUCCUCUGCCAAAGUUCAGCGAGGAUGGUGUCACGAAUUCAGUUUUCAAGAACCCUUUCGUAGAGGAGGAGAAUGCCAAGAGUGCCAUCCUGGAGAAACACGUAAAAAUGAUCCCGGCCAAAGAUGACAUCACGCAAAUCAACGGGAAGCAGAUAUGUUGGAUGUAUCGGAAAGGAAGAUGCCGGUUCGGACACAAUUGUAAGUUUGCGCACGACUCCGACCUCUACUGUGAGACCCCCACGGAGACUCCCGAGCCCGAGACGACCACCGUGUGUGAUACGUUGUCCGGCUCCAGCACAAGUGCCAAGAACGACAGACUUGACGGCUCGGCCGAGACAGAUGUGGCGAAAAAGAAAAAAAGACCAGGCCUAACUCAAGGUUUAGUACCGGGCAAAAAGGUGAUGAACAUGUAUAAAAAACAGAAACUGACCAAUAAAAAACUUUAAAUGGAAUUUGACUUUAGUUAAAAUUGUAUAAACACUUUAAUUAUGUACAUAAAGAAUUAUUUCUUUUGUUAUGGAUUGUGAUUGAGUGAGUAGUGAAUGAUUAGUUUAGUUGAGUUUACUAAACCCUAUUGUUGCCAAAAAUUUCAAUGACAGUAUUAUUUAUGUCAUAUAAUUACUUAUAAAUGUAGUUUUGUUAAAUACAUUUACAAUUUAUAUAAUUGGUCAUGUAUAUUAUGGAUUGAAAUGAAAGAAAAUAGGUUAUUAAUAAGCUAUAGACUGUAAAAUAAAAGAAAAGUAUUAGCUCAAUCAGCUCAUAUCUUAUCACAUAUUUAUAAUUUGUUAGCAAAUUAUUAACAAAACUGUAGAUAUAUAUUUGUUAAGGACUUUGUUCCUAUUACAGUCAACCAAUGAAAAUUUAGUGGUACACUAUAGAAAAUUGACUGUAUUUCUUUAAUAAUUACUGGCCAUGUCACUGUCACCAACCUUACAGAGUCUAUAAUGUUGUCUACUUUGGCCCUAGAUUAAAUUGGUGAAAUAAAUACCCUGAUAUAUUAAUUUAUUACAUACAGAAAAUGUUAGCAAAGGUUUUUAAUAUAUGCAUAGUUCCUUAGUAGCUUUCUUUUGGAAACAAUUUUGUUUCUUAGAAUUUGAAAAGUUAUUGAUUGUUGUUUUAUAUAUUUGAUUGAUUUUUAAUGUCAUAGGUAACUACAUAUUUAUCGAAUUACAGGGAUUUUUAUAGUAUAGGAAGAGCAGGCUUACUUUUACCAGAUGGGAAGAAUAUUCCUGCCCAAUGGGCACUUUGCCAACCAUAGAAAAAUUUAAUUUGAAGUGUCCAGUGUUGCCAAAUCGCAAAGGCAAAGAAGUUGCAGAAACAAAGAAGUUGCUCUUUCACUGAGUAUUUUACACACUAUACUGUAUUAACAUAGAGUACUAUAUCUGCACAGUAUAUACAGUCCAUGUUACCAGUUCUUGAGUAAACCUGUAAGGGAAGGGGGGAUUAAAUGUGGGAAUAUCCAAUAUUUGUGUGUACUUUUUAAUGUCUCUGAAGAAGAAGAGGACUAUCCUGUGAAUCUGGUAAAAGUAAGACUACUCUUCCUAUCAUACAAAAACUCUCCUGUUAAAAUCAGGCUUGUCUUCUCCAAAUAUUAGUCUUACAACCAAUACAGUGGCUCUGCACCUUCUUUAGCAAGUCUAAGCUCAGCCAACUCUUUGACAAGCUUUCUCUAUUCUGCUCGCUGUUUCUUCAUCUCUACCGCGCUAGAAACCAUUACUUGUUUUAGCUGAUCCAGGGUACUCUGCUCCUCCUUCAACAAGUCUAAGCUCAGCCAACUCUUUGACAAGCUUUCUCUAUUCUGCUCGCUGUUUCUUCAUCUCUACCGCGCUAGAAACCAUUACUUGUUUUAGCUGAUCCAGGGUACUUUGCUCCUCCUACAGUCUGCUCUAGUGUUAGGAGCUUCUCUAUCUGCUGUCUCUACAGAUCCAUGUCUCAGCCACUUCCAGCAUCUUACUGGACGCCUCAGUUCAACUCGGGUUAAUUUGUUCUCAAAAGGAAAGUUGAUAUCCUCCAAUUUAUUGUGAUUAUCCUCUUUCCGGCUGACCAAGUCUUCUUUUCAUGCACAAGAUCUGCCAGCUGGUGCUGUAGAUCUUCCUGUGUUGUUUGUGCGACCUCUUUCAUCUGUCACAGUUCCUGUUUUGAAAUAUUCGGGUGUCUCUUUGUCACUACCAGUCUCUUCACAUCUCUCCUUCAACACCUGUUCUGCAUAAAUUUCACUCUCCUUCAGCAUUACAGCAGAAGCUUUAGUAACAGACUUCAGAUUAUCAUUCUCACCAGAGGUGGGGGAUGUUGGUUUAUUCGUAAUUCCUGGACAGCUUAUUUUCCUGAUGGCGGCACCAGCAGAGAAGUGGUAAAGAUGCUUCUGUCAGUGUUACAACAUGCCAGAACGGAAUGCCUGGUACGUAUUUGAGGGUGACAAUUGUGCUUAGCCUAGCGUUUAGCUAUUGGUGUAAACGGUCCCUUAAGUCACCACACCCCUACGCUAUACCACAGACCCUGAGGAAUGUUCCCGAGAACCUCAGCAUCUCUAUCUUACAGCCUGUACAGCUCAUCACUAGGAUCUUCAGACCACAGCCGGAGAGGGUGGAGCCUUGCCUGUGAUGAAUUAUAUAUUCCAGAUGUGACGUCAUUAUCGUCGAAGAGGGAUAUACAGUUUAUAACUCACACAAAUUCAAGUGGUAAUUUAAUGAUAUUAAAAUAAAAAGAUCAAACAAAAGAACAUGAAUAAAAUUUAAUUGAGGCUUGCCAGUACAUAAUGACCACUGAAAAAACUAAAUAAUGUUAACAAGUAACAAUUGUGUCAUCAGAUAUGAAAUGAACACUUUGAUGACUUUAGCAGUUACAAUAUUUUUAGAGAGGACAACAGCAUAAUUUUUUUACAAUGUAUAUUAUAAUAAAAAGAGCAAAUAAAUAUAAUUUAAUCUUUGUAAAAUAAAUGACAGAUGAAUUUACAAAUGUAAUACUCAGUUUAAAAUGUUUUUGAUUUAAGUUUAAUUCUAUUUUAGAAUAUAUGUAGUUCCAAAUUAAAAUUUAUUAUUCAUUAUUUGAUUUUAACAGUAUUUGAAUCUUUUUACCAAAAAUGCAUGCAAUGUAUGAUUUGAUUUAAUGAUAGUUUAUUAUUGAAAGUAUAGCUUGUCAGUGAAUUUCGUUGUAUUUGCCAAAUAGUGUAGGGAAGGAUAACUUCCCACAAUAGCAAAAGUCCGUUAUAUUUACUCAACCUCAUUGUUAAAAAUCAAAAGAUUAUUCCUUGUUCUUGUUUUACCACUAAUUAAUACAGAAGCUAAUAAAUGUUGAUUGUAAAUAAAGUGACAAACUUUAAAUCAGAAAAAAUGAUAAAACUGAUUAAACAUUAAGUCCGAACAUGUACUGUAGUUAGCAAGUUGUGUUGAAACUUUCCCAAUUAUAUUCUAAUAUUGUAAUGAAUUGAUUUUAGAAAAAUCAACUUUUAGUUGAAGUAGAAUAAUUAUUUUCGAGUCUUGUUUUACGUUAGAGACAAUGUCAUUUGUAUCCUAGUUACAAUCCACAAAUUAAAAUUAGUUUUUGACCAUAAGUUGUAGUUUGUCAUUUUAAAAGUUUAGAAAAUGUUGAAAUAUAGCAUAGUUUAGUUUGAUCUAAACACAUACACACUAGUUCCAUUCAAAAAUGGUACAUAAUCAAUAGUUUAUUAAAUAUUUAUAUACUUUUGAUUGGUUUUGUGAAUGAUAUAGAUAGAACGUGUUGGUCUUUAUAAAUUCAAAAUAUAAAUUAAAAUUUUGUACAGCACAA